UGCAACACCAAUUUGCGUUACAUAGCCAACACAAUCAACAAAUCUAUAGAGACAGUUCCAUGUAUCGCAACAAAAGACAACCAGCCCACAAAACUCAUGGGGACAAUUUGGUUUUGGGACCCCGACGACGAAGACGUGAUCUUGCCCCACAUGUGGGUAAAGCUAAUGUCGAUGAAAAUGCUGCAGCUGCUGGUUUAGAUGGUCUAGAUGAAGAUGAUUCCUAUGAAGUUCCUAUAAUGCCCUCAAAGCCACAAGGUCCCACAAAGAAUGACGAAGAUAAUGCCAUUUUAGAGGAUAGAUUAGAUGAGCAUAAACUAUUACCUCCAGUUGCUCAAAACAAACCUGGGGAGGAGAGUAAAUCUCAGCCUAAAGUGGAGGAGACAAUUCCACAAGAAAAACAACAAAUAAAUUCUGUGCCAACUCCCUAA